AUGGCCGGACACAGGCCCUCAGACAUGCCCCAGCUGCCAAUUAGUGUUGGGGGCGGGCCCAGAGAACCAGUGCUGGAGCAGAUUGACACUCCGAUCUGGUUGAGUGCCCAGGCUGCCCCCGGCAGCCUGAUGGUCCGGCCGAGAGUUUGCCCAGGCCCUGAGGUGUGGGGAGUGCCCCUGGGUCCCCUGCCAUAUGAAUUCCUGGGUGAGAUGGUGCACUGCGGGCCCCGGGUCACAGCUGGCCAGGUGGGGACCUGGUUCCAGAGCCCCUCGGAGGGCACUUCCCAUGGGCCCUACCUCGUCCUACGGUGCAUCCCAAGCUUGUCGCUUCCUGAGGACAGCUUGGCCAUAGAGAAAGAGAUGGAGCAGCUGGCCAGGGAGCUGAGACAGAGGAGGAGAACCCUCGGGUACUCGCAGGCCGACGUGGGGUUCGCAGUGGGUGCUCUUUGUGGAAAGGUGCUUAGCCAGACAACCAUAUGCCGCUUCGAGGCCCAGCAGCUCAGCCUGACCAACAUGUGGAAGCUACGACCACUACUGAAAAUGUGGCUGGAGGAAGUGGACACCAAGAACCUUCUGGGCUUAUGCAAAAUGGAGAUGAUCCUGCAGCAGGCUCGGAAGCGGAGACGCGCAAGCAGGGAGAGACGCAUCGGAAACAGCCUGGAGAAACUCUUCCUGCAGUGCCCGAAGCCCACCCCCCAGCAAAUCAGUCACCUCUCUGGGCAGCUGCAGCUGCAGAAGGACCUGGUCCAAGUUUGGUUCUAUAACCGCAGCAAGAUGGGCAAUGUGCCAACCAGUGAUUUCUCCUCAUUGGAGAGUGCGGGGGUUGCCAGGCCUCCCUUCUCAGGGGGACCAGUGUGCUUUCCCCUGGCUUCAGGGCUCCGUUUUAGUACCCUUGACCUUGGGGUACCCUGCUUUACACCCUUGUACUCCUCAGCCCCUUUGCUUGAGGGAGGAACCCUCCUCGCUGCCCCCACCACCACUCUGGGCCUCCCCAGGCUUUCCAACUGAGGGGCCUGCCUUUCUGGGGCAGACCAAGCUGGGGAAACUGGUCCCUGGGGUUUAUU